AUGGCCAAAGAUCAGUUCCCUCAAUCUUGGGGUCCUAAGCUGAGACAUGUUAUGACCAAACAGAAACAAGCCAUGAAACCAAAUGCUUCCGUCUUGGAAUCUCGAAAGUUGGCCGAGACUGUACCGUACAAGAUGGACGGUAUUGAUCUAAGAGAAGUUCAAAUUCCAAGAAUCCAUGCUCCAUCGCUAGAGGCCAAUGUUUCUGGAAUUGUGCCAGCUGAAUUUGUGGCUGUUAAUGGAUCGAAUUUUGAUUCGUCCCUGCCCCAUAUUCUGUACCUUCAUGGCGGAGGCUAUACUCAAGGCAGCAAAGAAUCGCACCGCGUAAUAACAAUGAGGCUGGCCAAAUAUGGAAUCAGAGUGUUGAGCGUGAGCUAUCGACUCGCUCCAGAACAUCCUUAUCCAGCUGCUCUCGCUGAUGCGUAUGCUAGUUUCAAGUAUUUAUUGGCAUCUGGAGUGCCAGCUUCUCGUAUUGUGGUUUCUGGUGAUAGCGCCGGAGGAGGACUCAGUUAUGCCCUGGCCAUGUAUUUACGCGAUAUGGGUGAAGACAUGCCUGGUGGAUUAGCCCCUUUAACGCCAUGGGUUGACUUGAGCCACUUUAGUCCUGCCAUGAACAUCAAUGAACUCCCUGAAAGCGCUGAUGUUAUCCAGAGCAACGAUAUUGGCUCAGAAACAAACAUGAGUGAUGCCUAUUGUGGCGGUGAAUGGGCUCAGAUAUACGUUUCCCCUAUUCUGGAUGUACCUCACUCAUCCAAACGAAAACUGCCACCACAGUUUAUCAUAACAGGCACUGUGGAUCGCUUCCAACUAGAGGACACUAUCAUGGCAAUUAGGAGGAGAAGGAGUGGUGAAACUGUCCAACUUUACGUAUUCAAGGACAUGUUUCAUGUUUUUCAGGCAUAUCCAUUCCUUGAUGCUUCCACUACAGCGAUUGAGCUCGAAGCUCAGUUUGUCAAGGACGUAGCUAGUGGGACGAAUCUUGCGUCUGCAUAUUUCUUUGUCGAGGAUGAUGGAAAGACUGUAAAGGAGGAGACGGAGACUGCUGUUAAAGCACGAGCUGCUGAUAUUGUUCGACGCGGAACUGUUCAAAAGACGAAACCACUAGCCUUGUAUAAAUUGUGA